GAAAUAUCAUUCCGCGUUUAUGGCCUCCUUUAUAACGGGUACACGCACCACGAUCGAAAGCAAAACGAACGAGUCAGGAGAGGAUGAGCUACUACGAUCAGAAGCCGCCAGUGCAAGCGCCGCCGCCGCAAGGCUAUGGUCAAGCGUAUCCUCCGCAAGGCUAUCCUCCCCAGGGAUGUCCUCCGCAAGGCUAUCCUCCAGCGGGCUAUCCAGUCCAACAGCCGGGAUAUAAGCAGGAGGAGAAUCAUCAGAACAACAAAGGCCCGUCGUUCAUCCAGGGAUGUUUGGGGGCCUUGUGUUGCUGUUGUUUGCUAGGCGCUUGCUUCUAGCGCCCAAGACGACGAUGUAGCUUAGAUUUAUAUACAACCGCCAUGGUGUUUUUGAUAGAUCAAACUCCCUGUGGGAAAAUACGUUGGUUCUAGCCAUUGGUUGGCUUGAACUUUUCUUCCA